AUUCCACAUCCCGGUGUUAUGACCGUGGUGUUCCCGCACAGAAGCUGGCUGUCGCUCGUUGCCACGCGUAAUGUUACAUUUACAUAUGCGAUAGGCAAACCGGGUCUUUGUUUUUUUUUUUUUUUUUUACUUCCAUCUAGUUGAUUUAGCCCAUAUAUAUGAGAAUGCAAAAUGUUUUCUUAGCUUCGGAGUCAUUCCCCGUCAUGACCUCACGGGGCCGCCCCUCCAGUUGAAUGGGAUCCCUCAUCGCCUUUCUGUCGCUAGUUUUGGCACUGCCGCCGCUCCAAUCCCCGAUUUCAGGAUCUGUGAGCUUUCGGUCUAUCUAAUCAGUUCAUUAAUGUUUUGAUGCGAAAUCCGCCUGUCUGAUCGGCAGAAGAGCGACGACGCCAAAUCUCCGUUAGCCUGCGCGUGAGGGCCUUGGCCAUGGGGGGAUCCAAGAGUAAGCCCAAGGAUGUAGGCCAGCGAACCCGCAGCCUCGAUGGCAACCUCAGCUCUGGGGGAGGGGCUGGUGGCCAUCACCUCAACUCCAAUCAACAGUCCUUAACACCCAAUCGUAGCCCUACUAUGGAUGGAGGUCUCAGUGGCAAUCCGUCUACGGCCAAUAAUGCAGAACUGGCCCUGUUUGGAGGUGUGGAUAAUAAUAGUGUCACCUCUCCUAACAGAAUCACACUAGCAGGAGGCGUGACGACGUUUGUGGCUUUGUAUGACUAUGAGUCUAGAACGGCCUCAGAUCUGUCUUUCAGGAAGGGUGAACGCCUCCAGAUAGUCAACAACACGAGGAAGGUGAACUGCAGAGAAGGGGACUGGUGGCUGGCGCGCUCCCUGACCACUGGAGAGAGCGGUUAUAUCCCCAGCAAUUAUGUGGCUCCAUCCGACUCCAUCCAGGCAGAAGAUCAUCUCAGACUGACUCUAGAGUCUAGGUGGUACUUUGGCAAAAUCACUCGCCGCGACUCUGAGAGGCUGCUGCUAAGUUUAGAGAACAGGAGAGGGACUUUCCUGGUGCGAGAGAGUGAGACCACCAAAGGUGCCUACUGUCUGUCUGUAUUGGACUAUGACAACACCAAAGGGCUGAACGUGAAGCACUACAAGAUCAGGAAGCUGGACAGCGGAGGCUUCUACAUUACAUCACGUACACAGUUCAGCAACCUGCAGCAGCUUGUCAAUCACUAUCGCAAGCAUGCUGAUGGGCUGUGUCACAGUCUAACAGACAUUUGUCCCGUACUGAAGCCUCAGACUCAGGGCUUAGCCAAGGAUGCCUGGGAGAUCCCAAGAGAGUCCCUCCGUCUUGACCUCAAGCUUGGACAGGGCUGCUUUGGAGAGGUCUGGAUGGGAACAUGGAACGGCACAACUCGGGUGGCAAUAAAGACUCUGAAGCCCGGCACUAUGUCCCCUGAAGCCUUCCUCCAGGAAGCUCAGGUCAUGAAGAAACUGAGACAUGAAAAGCUGGUUCAACUCUAUGCUGUGGUGUCUGAGGAACCGAUCUACAUCGUGACGGAGUACAUGGGACAAGGUAGCUUAUUGGAUUUCCUGAAAGGGGACAUGGGUAAGAUGCUCCGACUUCCCCAACUGGUGGACAUGGCCUCACAGAUUGCUUCAGGGAUGGCUUAUGUGGAGAGGAUGAACUAUGUACACAGAGACCUCAGAGCUGCUAACAUCCUGGUGGGAGACAACCUGGUUUGCAAAGUGGCUGAUUUUGGUCUGGCUCGCCUCAUUGAGGAUAAUGAAUAUACUGCCAGGCAAGGAGCCAAGUUUCCCAUCAAGUGGACGGCUCCUGAGGCUGCUCUGUACGGCCGCUUCACCAUUAAAUCUGACGUCUGGUCAUUUGGGGUCCUGCUGACUGAACUGGCCACCAAAGGCAGAGUGCCCUAUCCAGGUAUGGUGAACCGGGAGGUGUUAGACCAAGUGGAGCGUGGUUACAGGAUGCCGUGCCCAGCAGAGUGCCCUGAAUCUCUGCAUGACCUGAUGCUGACCUGCUGGAGAAAAGAGCCCGAGGAGAGGCCCACCUUUGAGUACCUGCAGGGCUUCCUGGAGGAUUACUUCACCUCCACAGAGCCUCAGUACCAGCCGGGAGAGAACCUGUAACUGGGCUAAGCGUGGAAAUGUGCAUGCGUCAUGCAUGUACAAAACUGAGCAUGUACAACUACUUCAGAGUGCAUGCACAAUUAUGUGUGAGGGUAUGUAUGUACAGUAUAACGGGGCAGAAAGCCGACUACAUUUGGGUACAAUCAGUAACUCUCUGACAUCGUGGAGUGUCAGUGAGACAUCAAACAAUCAGCAACCUUCAGUUCCUGCCUCUUUCCAAAGUCAUUGUCAUGCUCUCCAAUGUGUCAGCUCUGAGGGACUAAAAAACUGUGGUAUUAUUUUGAGUUUAUCAUACAGUACUUUAUUUUGUUUGUCAGUCAAAUCGACACUCUACACAGCCAAGCAGGUUUUUCUACCUUAAUUGUGUUUGUAAGGCACCCUAAUUAUAUACAUACAUUCCCCAAGCACUCUCCCUGUGUUAUUUCACCUGACUGAUCUUGCAGUUUGCCAGCUUCAACGCUGCAAGUGACACCAGACUAUGACAUAAAAGACUGCAUGGGUCAAACAUGGGAGUCCAGAGAAUGAACAUUGGAUACAAGUAUAGUCCUGCUGGAAGCACCACUUCAGGAUGUCUAUUUUUACUACAUUGUCUUUGGGAUACACACAUGCUCAGUCUGUCUUCCAUUUUGCCACUUGAGAAGCAACUAUUUGGGUUUUAAAUUUUUUUUAAAAUUUUAUUAUUAGACCUGGAUCAACUGGAAUAUUUUUAGGUGAAAGAUAUUAUCUUAAAACCAUGCUUCCCCUGUGCAUCAUUGAGGCUAGUUUCCCAACUGCUGUGAGAUUUUGUAUGAGACUGACACCCUUGAUUCCCAUCAGUGUGUAGUCUCACUCACCAGCUGGACAAAUUGGUUUAUUGCUGUGACCAACAUACAGCUCAACACAAAGAAGAGAAGAGGCAGAGUCUGUCUCUCUAUUUUCUAAUUGUGACUUUUCUUACAAACAAUGGCUACUGAUCACCAAUGGUCAUCUCAGGAUGGAGAAGACUAGAAUUCUGCUGCAAGGAGUUUUGUGCCAAUGAAAAUCUCUUUUGUACUCCACUGUGUAAAAGUGUAUUUUAAUACUCUGAACUUUUCUUACAAUGAAGUUUGAGUUGUGUAAGCAGAGGUUCUGCUGUUCUUCUUCUUGAAGGAUAAUCCACUGUUUUGAGAUCCUGCACCUGUGUACAGUACCAACCAGCUCUCACCAGCAUGGUUUCAAGGUGCUGAUUUGUUUUCAAGCAUUCAAAUUAAAAUCAGGUGAAUCUUCUUUCAUGUCUCCUUUCAGUUCUGACCUUCAUUAAUAUGAAGAUUUUUAAUUUUUAAUCAGUAUUUCCCUAAAUAGUGCAUCUUCGAGCACGAUCGUACACUGGAGAUAUUGUGUUUCUGUUCUCAGUGAAGAUGAUAAAUGAGCAACAGAGUGAUAGUGUGCUGAGUAUGGUUAUGCCUUCCUCCAGCCUGUAGGUUGCAGACCAGAAAGCCUUCCCAUAAACAGCAUGUAUAGCAAAUAAAUUGGCAUCUUGAAACUUAAUUGUAAAUAUCCUUAUUGCUAAUAUUGUUUGUAUAUAUCAUCUUUAUAAUUUAUUCCUUUUAAAAUAACCCAAUUGUUUAUUUUGCUUUUUGCAUCAUCAUUCAAACUUUAAAGUGUUUAUGGUACAUUUAUGGGUUAAAUAACAUCUGAUAAUAAUGAUAUGAAUAUAUAUAUUAUAGAACACUUUUACUUUUUGUGCACGUAUUUCUUUGAAACUUAUCCUGGUUGUACAUUUUCAAUAUGACUGACUGACUGAAUUGGUGAGCAGAACUGCUCCGCAUCCCCUGACUAACCUGUUUUUGGAGAAAAACAGUUCUGUCUUGUCAGAUACUGAUCAUCUACCAGCAUUACUCCUUCCCAUAAUACAAUCAAAACCACAAAUGUUUACAUCGUGAUAAUCUUCGAAUCAUUUUGGUGCUGCUUCAGAGGCUGGUAAAUGAGCAGGCAAUCAAGUGUCAUUUUCGUUAAACUGUUUUUCUGAGCACACCUGGCCAACAUGGUGUGUGUGCUGCCAUCAUCUGUACCUCCAGGAUUGGUCAAUGGUUUGAUUGACCUCUCCAGCUUGGAUUUCAUAAAGCACUACUGAUUAGGAUUAAAGAACCCCAUAUAGAGGAUGAUGUGACUGCCAUGAAUGGAAGGAGUUCGAUAGCUGUGUAGCGUCUACUGUGUCCUGUGGACAUGGGUUAUGCCACACUUAUCUGCAUGGGUGUAGUCAGGUUGUCUGGCACCGUCCCCUUCUUUUCCCGACCCGUGUCACUGAAUGCUGAUCAGCAAAAAUAUGGGAAAAAGUGCUCAAAAAAGGUCAUAUUGUCUGUAUGCAGCCUCGCUUACAAGCCAAGGACGUUUCCUGUGGGGUUCUGUGGGUCUUUUUUCUGGCUAUGCAGAUAUUUUUUUUUAAUCUGUGAAAUUCAUAUAUAUACUCUUUUCUACUGUAUUCAAUGGGAAUUUUCAGAUAAAUAGCUCUUUGUUAAAUCCUACUGAAUAUUGUUCAAAUUUGAAAGUACAUUUGAAUAAAAUGUGUAUAUUG